AUCACCAAUCAGUCAGUCACAGCUCACAGCAAACACCGCGAAGCCGCCCCCGCUCCCAAACCCGACCGAGCAAAGCGCAAAGCCCCCCAACCGCGGAUCAAUCCGCAGCAUCGAUGGCGCCCAAGGCGGAGAAAAAGCCGGCGGCGAAGAAGCCCGCGGAGGAGGAGCCCGCGACCGAGAAGGCGGAGAAGGCUCCGGCAGGGAAGAAGCCGAAGGCGGAGAAACGCCUCCCCGCGGGCAAGUCCGGCGCCGGCGAGGGCAAGAAGGGCAAGAAGAAAGCCAAGAAGAGCGUGGAGACCUACAAGAUCUACAUCUUCAAGGUGCUCAAGCAGGUGCACCCCGACAUCGGCAUCUCGUCCAAGGCCAUGUCCAUCAUGAAUUCCUUCAUCAACGACAUCUUCGAGAAGCUCGCCGCGGAGGCCGCCAAGCUCGCCCGCUACAACAAGAAGCCCACCAUCACCUCCCGCGAGAUCCAGACCUCCGUCCGCCUCGUCCUACCCGGCGAGCUCGCCAAGCACGCCGUCUCUGAAGGCACAAAGGCGGUCACCAAGUUCACUUCGUCUUAGAUUGGUUGCCUUCCCUCUCGUUUGUACUGGUGUCUGGUAGUAGAUCUCAUCUAGUUGGGGGUGCUGUUGCUAGUCGGUCGUGGGUCCCUUUGGUAUGAUUGGCCCUGUUCAAUGGGUUUGCAAGUGAUUAGUUUGUACAUGGUUGUAGUAGAUAUCGUUUCAGCUGUGAUUCUUUAUUACUGCUAUGCUAUAGUUGUAGUGUUCUCGUUCCCAUUUCUUGAUGCAGUCCUAUCAACUAUAUGGUUGUUUAGUUAC